UUCGUUUAUAUUAACUCCGCACAGACCGCAGUAUGACGCGUAAAUUGUAAAUCGUAUCUUAAAUUUGGUGUUCACAUACGAGACAUGUACGGAGCGUUUUCAGACUAACCUUCGUCGAAUCGUCGUGUUUACGUUCGAUCGCUGCAGCCAGGUGUUUUGUGUGCAGCCUGUGGCGUGUGUUCCGUUCUCCGUCGCGUGCAGCCGCAUCAUGAGGCCGAGGUCCGCCGACUCCGAAAAGAGCAAGAAGUACGACCGGCAGCUCAGGCUGUGGGGCGACCACGGACUGGCCCUCGAGUCGUCUCACGUAUGCCUCAUCAACGCCACGGCGACCGGCACCGAAGCCCUGAAGAGCAUCGUACUCCCGGGCGUCGGCGCCUUCACCAUCGUCGACGGCCACUCAGUGACGGCCGAAGACGUCGGUAAUAACUUCUUCCUCGACAGCGACAGUAUCGGGAAGCCGCGAGCGGAGGCGGCCGCGCGACUUCUCGUCGAACUGAACCCUGACGUCCAGGGCGACUUCGUCGAGGAGACGGCCGAGAAUUUGCUGGAGCACAACCCCGCCUACUUCUCCAACUUCUCGGCCGUCAUCGCGACCGGCUUGCAAGAGAAGACCCUGCUGGCGCUGGCCGCGAGGCUCUGGGAUGCCAACGUGCCCCUCCUGGUGUGUCGUUCUUAUGGCUUCAUCGGCUACAUGCGACUUCAGAUGAACGAACACCCGGUCGUGGAGACGCACCCCGACAACGACUUCGACGACCUCCGGCUUGACAGGCCGUUCCCCGCGCUGCGCGCUUUCGUCGACUCGAUCAACAUGGCAGAACUGAAAGAUAAGGAGCACAGCCACACACCCUAUGUGGUCAUCCUUCUGAAAGCCUUGGACGAGUGGCAACGGCAGAACAGCAUGCAGGCGCUCCCUAAAAGCAGCCAAGAAAAACAAGCCUUCAAGGCUUUGAUCAAGGGGUGGAUAAGGCCCAAGGGAGACCAAGGCAGCGAGGACGAGGAAAACUUCGAAGAGGCCAUCAAGGCUGUCAACAAGUCCCUCAACCCUACUGAGGUACCCCAUCAGGUUAAAAGACUAUUCGAAGAGGAAGCUUGCCUUAACAUCACCGCCGAAAGCAAGCCAUUCUGGAUAUUAAUACGUGCCCUGAAGGACUUCGUUGAGGCUGAAGGUAAAGGCGCCUUGCCAGUCAGAGGAACGCUCCCUGACAUGACAUCCGACACAGACAGAUACGUUAAGCUUCUCAACAUAUACCACGCCGAAGCGGACAAGGACUUCAGGGCUGUUCACCACAGGGUCCAGCAGCUUCUGGCUACGAUAGGAAAGCCCGAAGGCUUCAUCAGCGAAGCAGAGGUGAAAGUCUUCUGCAAGAACGCCCACGCACUGCGUCUGGUACGUGGUCGCCCCCUAGCUGCGGAGUACGAUGCUAAGGAUGCGUCCGUCGACACCAUCCUGACGAGCUUAGACUCCCCGGACAGCGAGAUAAUCUUCUACUUGAUGCUCAGAGCUGCCGACCGUUUCUACAGCCAGUACAACCGCUACCCGGGCUUCUUCGAAGACCAGCUCGAGACUGACAUCAGCAAGCUGAAGGCGUCGCUGUGCCAGGUGCUCGAACAGUUGGGCUCUGGGCCGGUCGCCAAGGAUGAUUAUGUUCACGAAAUGUGUCGUUACGGAGCAGCGGAGAUCCACACGGUGGCGGCAUUUGUUGGCGGCUGUGCAGCUCAGGAGAUCAUCAAAUUGGUCACAGGCCAGUACGUGCCGUUGAACAACACGUUCAUUUUCAAUGGCAUGACUACCACCUCUGAAACGUUCGUGCUGUAACAAAAACAGGCUGCUGUGAUUGUAAUGCCAAGCAUAAUAUCUGUUAGGCUAUGUGUUACUUGCAAGUCCGGUUGUCUUUGUAAAAGUUGUGUUGAGAUAAACUACAUGUGAGGCCAAGUUCUUU